CUAUCACAGCACAGAUCUGCAUUCAAUCUGCACACCAUCUAAAACUAACUUUCCUGCUCUGUGUCCAACAACAUCCGACAUUUUGCCCCGGUAGCCUUGAUGAACCCGGUUCCUUCGGCUCAGCUCUGGAUCGUUUGGAUCCUGGAGGAAGUUAAAGGCGACGCGUUUUGCAGAUCACCAUUCUACAAAGACUGAAGGCCUGAAUCCUUUCAGUCAUGGCGUCAUGUGGAGGCUCAGAUGCUCCCACUGCAGAUGAGAGGGGCGUCCCCUUGGAUAUCGAUGAUAUCCACAUGCUACUGCAAGUGGAACAGGAGCAGGUUCAAAAGAGGACAUUCACUAACUGGAUCAAUGCUCAACUUUCUAAGAGGAGCUGUCCUUCCUUGGUGCAGGACCUAUUUUCAGACCUCUGUGAUGGAGCUCGAUUGCUGGACCUGCUGGAGGCCAUGAGUGGCCAACACUUGAAACGUGAGAAAGGCCAUGGACUUUUUCAGCAGAGGGGAAAUGUUGAAACGGCUUUGAACUUCUUAAAAAAUAAAUCGAUUAAGCUGGUCAAUAUAAACAUCCCGGAUAUCAUAGAAGGGAAACCGUCCAUCAUUUUAGGCCUUGUAUGGACCAUUAUUCUACGCUGUCAUAUAGCAGAGUUAGCCAGCACACUCUCCUUUGGUUCCCGUUCCUCCUCUCUGGAUUCCCUGUCCAGUGUGGAUUCGGCUCCUGGAACCCCUGUACGAGGCAGCCCUGUUCCACAGAGAGCAUCACCCCUCCAUACACGCUUUCGUCUGUCUGCUAAAAAGGCCCUGCUCCUGUGGGUGCAAGACCAGUGCCAGAAAGUGGGCUCCUCAGUCAGUGUAAAAGAUUUCAAAUCGAGCUGGAGGAGUGGUGUUGCCUUCCACAUUAUCCUCUGCUCCUUGAGGCCAGACCUAGUGGAUCUCUCCCUAACUGAGACAAGGAGCAACCUUGAAAACUUAGAGGAGGCAUUUCGCAUAGCUCAGCAAGAACUGGGAAUACCCAGACUACUUGAACCUGAGGAUAUUGAUGUUAGUCACCCAGAUGAGAAGUCCAUAAUGACAUAUGUAGCCCAGUUCCUGCAGUACUCCAACGAUAUGCCCUCAGUUGAUGAUCUUGAGGCAUCACCCAGUCAGAAGGUCAGAGAGAUGACUUGUUGGCUUCAGCGAGCCUAUCAGGAACUGUUGGACAUGUGGUCCUCCACAGAGAGAGAGGGGUAUAGCAGACGGUAUCAGGAGUUCCAGAUCUUUGUGAGGUCGUUCUAUGAGCAGCGGCGUCCGGUGAUUCCUAUGCUGAGCGCAAUGAAACGUAGCACCAAUCUCAGUGAGGAACAGGUUGCCCUAAGACAGGCUUGGGACAAUAUGGAGGACAGGUUACAGAGAUGCAGAACUGAACUGGAUGCAGCUUUGCCUGAUCCUUUACACACUUUGGCUCAGUGGCUACAGAGAAUCGAGGCAGUACUGGCUGAGGAACAGGGCGACCCUGAAGACCACGCAAGUGCAGCCCGAAAUGCCAGAGACAAGCAACAGCAGCUCAAGGCAUUGAUGGCAGAUAUGAGUGGCCACUUGGAUACACUUCAUUUGUUCCACAACACAGAUGAUGAUGAUGGUGGUUCCUCUCAGGUUCCUGCUGAAAAACUUGAUGAACUCAAGAGACGUUUCACCAAUGCCAGAGUGACAGCAAAGUACCAUGGCAUCAAGUUGGAGUACUGGGAGCACUGGCACAAUGUCUGUGAGCUUUUAAGCCAUCUCAAGAGCAAGUUGAAUAUCUGGAGAGGACCGUAUGGCUCUCAGGAGUCUGUGCUGUACCUGCUGCAGGACUGGGAUGAUACCAUAGAGAAGCAAGGCCUGGUGUCCAUAUUAAAGGCAGCGCUCCACAAGCUGAAAGAGACUGCCAGCAUAUACACUGGCAAGGCAGCCCUGUCAGAGGACUCUGGGACAGUGAACCGACAGGUGAAGGAGGCCGAGAGCGAAGCAGCAGUGAGCGCAGAAGAAGCACACACUUUAAGGGGCACCGUGGACCGUGUGCUGGUGGCGUGGGAGUCAUACAAACACUGCUUACACUCACUACAGGUCUUCUUGGGACAGUCACAGGCAGGGAACAAGGCCCCUGAUAGCCUGUCCGAAUGGAGCUCUCUCCAGGCCCAGCUGAAUGAAGCAGGAAACUUUUUGACUGAGGUGACAGACAGCUCCACCAGCUCUUCUGUAGCAAAUGAGCUUGGUAAACUCAACAGAAGAUGGGCAAGCUUCAUCAAAAAGACCAAGUUUGCGGUGCCAUCGCAGCAGCUUAGCAGCACAGCCCCGUGCGCUCAGGAUGCGCAACGCUUAUUGCAGGAAGCAGGCUGGACACUGAGAGAGGCCAUGGAGGUGUCUUCUGAAGCACUGCACACAUACAGGAAGAGACUACAGGCCAUGGCAAAGAAAAUUUCAGACUUAGACCUGGACCUGUUAUCUCCAUCUCCAGGAUUUAGUGAAGAGUCAUUGCAGAAGCUUCCAGAGAUGAGGCAGGCUUUGGGCAAGGCAGAGCAGGCAUGUGGGGCGCUGCAGAAGACAACAUCUCAGCUGGAGGGUAGGCUUGCUGAGUUGGAUUGUUGGACCAACGAGGCCAUGGAAGUUUGCCAACAUUUGAAAGAAUGGCAACACAAGGGCCACCCAGGGCCUCACCCUAGAGCCAAAUCACUGAUUAGCAAAGGGCUGCAGCUGGAGGCACAGUUAGUGACGGAAGGACAGGAUUUGCAAGCUUUGCUGGAAAAACUGCAAGAGAACGCCACCCUGCCCUUUCUCAGUGUGCAUGCCCUACAGGAAAGAGUGAAACACAUUGUCAAAAACUCUAAGGAGAUCAGAGAGAUGCUUAAUUCUACAGCAGUAAAGCACAAGGGAGAAACUGAAGCUGAUCAGCCACUUCCAAAAGUUAUUGUUCGUUCUUACAAUGUACCAGAGCCCCAAGCAGGAACCUUCCAGGAAUAUGAGACUCAUACCUCCAAACCUAAGAAACCCUCUUGGAAGACACGAAAACAAUCCCAGCACCAACAGCGUCCUGGUUGUUCUCAGCAGACAGCCAAAACUGGCAUUAAGCCCAAGGUGCAUUCUCAGACUGAUCCUCAAUAUCAGCAACAUGUUCAGCUUGGUGUUCUUCCAAGAGCUCAAGAUAUAGAGAUCAUACAGAACGAAGCUUUUUUGACAUAUCCCCCUGAAAAAAAGAUGCAGCUGGAGCUUCAAACUGAGGAUCAGGAAUUAACUGGACACCUGAGCCAAAGCAGGACAAGGACCUCAUCAGAAAGGCCUGAGUGGUUAUUAGAGUCACCCAGCAGUAGUGUCAUUCAGUCAGUUACCUUGCACCAACAUCCUGCCUCUGAAUCUAAAUCCAAGUGUCAAGCUGUGAGUGCUAACCCUAACCCACAACAGCACCAUGGGCCCUUGGCCAAGGCUCAUAGCCUUCCCCAGUCCCUGGAGACAUCACACACGCAUGUCAAGACACCAGCAGAAGCUCAAAUUCAGCUGCAUGCUCAGGGAGGCACGCAGAGACACACCCAGCUUGGUAGAUCACCUCACACUCCACAACAAGCCCAGGCUUGGCCCAAAGUUCUCAGCCCUUGCGUACAUCAGAGACAACAAGGCCAAGGUAGCGGCCCAAACACUCGCCACGUCCCUGGGCGGGGCGAGGUGUUUUCCCGAGCUCAGGCUAUGGCUCGGAGCAGGAUGAACAAGGCCAAACAGCAUCUGCAUCAACACAUAGAGGAGGUCAUCACCAUAUUCAGCAACCGAAUCAUAUCUAAAGAGCAGGCUGGGAGGAAGCAGGGUGCACUACGAAGGCUUCAUCCAGCUGUGUUAGACGAAUUCCUAGGAGCUGUAGAAGGUGUUGGAGCCUUCUGUUCUGAAGCUCAGCUCCAAGACCUGGAAAGACUUUCUCAAUCUGUCAGGGCUCAGUGGGAGGAUGUCCGUUCAGCAAUAGAGUCCUUUCUGCCUGAGUUGUGGCGAGAGGUUGAGCGAAGGCAGUCAAUUAAUGUGGCUCUUUUGAGGCAUGACAUAGACACUAACACAGAAAUCCCAGCCUGUGUUUCAGACCAAGUGUGCAGUGAACAGGCAUGUUCUUUAGCAGUGGAGCCUCAAGAGCGUCUGGAUGCACUUUGCGAGCUCAGUAAUACUCUGAGAUCCCCAGUAAGCUCCUCUAUGACCACCACUCAGUUGAUGGAGUGUGGCGGAAAAGUGGAGACUGUCCGCUACCAAGUUAUUCCAAGCAGCAACACAGAACCAUACCAGCGCCGGGAAGGAGCGCUAAGGAAAGAACCUGAGGUUCAUGCUGAAGAAACGCUAAGCCAAGCUUAUCCACAGGGCAUUGUACAUACUAACAGGGUGGAGACCAAACAGACAGUAGAGAGGACGGUCAUUCACACUGUGGAAAAACAGGAAGGGGAGGAGUCCCUACAGGAAGCUCAUAGCAGUUACGCGGCUGCCCAUUCAGCAUUCAAACAGCAGCUGCAGAUGAACAAUGAGCAGCUGAGCGCAGAUUUCUUUAGAGGCUCCAGCAUCUCAGCUGUUACCAUGAACAAACACCUCCAAGAUCUCCAGAUCCUGAGGCAGCAGACAGAGGCUUUAUGGUUUGAAUUUGAGCUCCAGAGCGCUUCACAGAUGGAGGAUGGCUGCAGGAUUGAAACAGACAGAGCAGAGCUUAUCGAGCAGUGGAGAAGACAGCAGAUCCGCCUUCAUGCCAGGAUGAGGUCACUCAGGAGUGCUUUGGAGUUGUUGGAGCCAACUGAUAUCCGUAUCAAGCAGAUCUCUGAUCAGCUGGAUCAGGUUGUUAGAAAAACUUUGGACAUCACAGGCUUUGCCCUCACUGAUUUCACAACAGUGUAUGGAGAUACAAAGCUGGUGGGGGAACAAAUUCAAAGAGAACUGCUGCUCCUUUCUGAGAAAGAGAAAAAAGUGGCCAUAUCUGAAGGCCUGACUGAGACUGAGCUUCAAGCCCGUCUGCCACUACAGCAGAUCAUCCAGAGCUGUACACAGUGCCUGCAGCCGCUAAACCAUCGACUGGCUGGAACACAGUCAGUGCUCGAUGCUCUGGAACACUUCCUGAGUAGUUUACAACAGCUCAGUGGCGAGGUUUCCACAGCAGACAGCACAUCUUCAUCUCCAGCACGGGACUCCGUUUCUAUCAGACAGAAGCUUCAGCAGGCGACAGAAGAAGCUGCACAGAUUGAUCGCAUGCUUAAGGAUGCUGGGAUGAGUGUGACUCUGGACAAGAAGCCAGGCAGCUGUCAAGAUUUGGUGUCCAGGUGUGCAACAGAGAUCAAGGCUCUGGAAAGGAAAGGAGUGCAGAUGAGCAAAGAAGAGGAGAAGAAGGAGCGGAUGCUGAGGAAGAAGAGGAAAGCCCUGCAGGCCACACUGAAUGAGGUGCAGGGAUCAAUGGAAAGACAGGGCCUGAAGGAGCCCACUCUUCCUGCCCUGCAGCACAGGUUGCGAUGUUUGACGGACAUAGAGAGUAAGCUAGCUGCUGUGCACUCAGACAUCCAGAAUCUGCGGGACAUAUCUGCUCAGACAAACACGUCAGAAGAAGGCCUCAGAGCGCUGGAGCUCCAGUGGGAGGAGAUCCACAAAACACUCAGCGACAGUCAAGAGGAAUGCCUUUCCUUAACCGAGCUGCUGAAGAGAUUUCAGAGCUGCCGUGCCCAUCUGAACAUCACCCUGCAGAAUAGUGAGCAGAUUAUAAGUGAACAGGCCUCCUACAUGAGCAAAGAAAAUCUUCAGCGCCUCAUCACCAGGGUAAACGGCAUUAAAUCAGACCUGAGUGCUCUUGGAGAUGGCGUGGAGGAGUUUAGAGCUGUGUGCAGGCAGCUGCACUCUCAGAUGCGAAAUAUCCCAGACUGUCCAGAUGCUCCAUUCGAGAGUGAGGCGGAUAUACUCAUGGACCGCUGGCUAGACGUGAGCGAGAGGACAGACUGCCAUUUUGAGAAUCUACAGAUUGGGCUAUCGCUGUGGGAUAAGCUUCUCUUGUUAGCUCACGAGGUGGACAGCUGGACCAGCAACAAACUGCAGACAUUUGCUCAGUCACACCCAUUUCAGACAGAACAGGAGGUUCUAGAUAUGCAGGAGGAGCUGAGGAUACAGGAGGAAAAUGUGGAACGUUUCCAUCGCAGGUCUGCCGAGAUCAAGGAGAUUCUGCAUAGCAGUGAACCCCCCCUGGAGCUACAGGUGAUUGAGAGUCAGCUGAGGAAUAGAAUGGAGGAAGUCAAGGAGCUCUUCACUGAAACAAGUGACGUCUUUAGAGAACUGGUGGCUGCGAAGGCUCAGCUCACAACCAGGAUGACAGAGUGCAUGUCCUCCAUACAGAUGAUUAAAGAUGCCCUGAGCACACUUGAUGCAUCUGAGGGCUCGCAUCUCAUCCAGGAUAUCCAGGUCUUAUCAGAGAAACUACAGCUAGAAAGUGAGCAGGUAGAUACUCUGAUGCAGCAGGUCGGUUUGUUGGCUAAAGUGGCCAGCCCAGAGAGCUUGCGGUCUCUUACCGAGGAUGGAGCACAGCUACAGGAAAACAUCUCUGCAGUCAAAGAUAUGAUCAGCCUGAAGAGAGAAGAAGCAGAGAAGCUCAGUAAGCCACAACAGGUCAAAAAGGCUCAAGUCACAAAGUCAGAGGAUCUUCAUACCCAAGCUACAGUUCAGAAGGUCCAAGAUCCUCCACCAAAGAAAUGUGAUUUCAGCAACACUCAGGGAAAGCAUGAAGACUUCCUUAAAGAUUUGCAGAACUUCAGACACCUGGCGGAAAGAACCAAAGACUGGCUUAAAAUAUUACAGCAGUCGGUUGACACUCAGGAAACAGAUACUCAAAACAUCCCUGCUAAGACUAAGGAGAGACUGCAGGAACUGCAGGUGGUGUUGGACCUGAGGGCUGAAGGAGACAGCAGGUUGGAGAACCUGAAGGUCAGAGGUCAGGCACUGCUUCAGAGACACGGUGAGAGAGGGGAAAGAGACUUGCAGGAUGUCCUCUGCAUGGUUGGGGACGCAGAGCGCCAGUGGGAUUCUGUUUUGCAGUCUGCAAUUGAGCAGCACAGGCUUCUACAGGGUGUUAUGGAGCACUUCUCCUCCGGUCAGCACCAGCAACAGCAGGUUGAGACCAGGCUUCAGGAGCUCCAAGAGCAAAUUGCAGCCCUACCUUUGCUUUUUCCCUGGCCAGGCUUGAAUGAGAAGAAGGCAGUUAUGGAGCAGGCUCAUUGCCUUCUGGAGAAAGCCAAAGCCCUGGACUCUGAAGUUACAGCACUGAAAUUUGAGAUGAAGGAGCAGGCCCAGUUAACAAAAGACCAAAGCUGGACUGAUCUGCCAUGGGAUAGUCUGGAGAACAGUGCCUCCAGCUUGGUCAAACAAAUCAGUGAUGUAUGUGGUGGUCUGGAUGAGAGCAUUCACAGAGAAAGGCACUGUAGCCUCAUGCUGAAGCAGUGCACUGAAACCCUGGACACUUUGCAGAAGGAAAUGCUCAUGCCUCCACAGAAAAAGAGUCAGGAGUCUCAAUUGGACACUCUAGAAGCCUUGUUUCAAGAUCUGGGGCAUGAAGGGAAGAAUCUACAUGAAGUUGAAAUACUGAAAUCUUCUCUGCUGAGGAGUUGCACUCCGGAAGGUCAGACGACCCUGUCUCAGGAUGUCCAGACUCUGCUCAAUAAGCAGACAAUGCUUGAGGAGGUCAUUCAGAAAGAGCUUGACCAUUUCCAAAGCCAAAAGACAGGAGAAACUGACUUUCAAGCAUCGACAAGAGAAGAGGAAAAUAUAAAACGCAGUAAUGACAUUACUCUAGAGGGACUGCAGUCAUCCGCAGUUAUGGAAUCAGUACAACUAGUCCAGACUGGAAAUGCUCUUUCUCCACACAAAUUCACUGUUGGUGCACAGAGUUCCUCUGGAGAUGCAGAUGUGUCAAGUCAACAGCCUUCUACAUUACACAUGGACAGUAGUACUGGGACUGCAAAAGUCUGUAAAACCGUUCUGGAUGCUGAUCAGUCUAUACUGAAACCUGACUCAGUGGCAUCUCCCAUACCCAGAGAUGCUAAUGAAUUCAGUUCUGACAAUCCCACUGACUAUGCAACAGAGUCUCCAUUAGAAACACCAAAAAGUGAACAACAACCCAUGAAGUCAUUGGGCAAUCUAGAAAAAAUUAAACUGACAAAACUUACAGAAUCAACACAAACAGGUCAGAUUGAAAAUGCUCAUCCUCAAGAACUCCAAGCCUCUGUUUGUGCAGAAAGUUCCACUGGAUAUGCAGAUUUGGCAAGUCAAAAACUUCUGACCUUAUCAGACAGGGAUAUUACAGAUAUGGAUGGGCAGCAAAAUCAGGAAGUUGAUAGAAGAGAAGAGAUUAAUGAUAGAUCUGUUGUAUUUUCAGAUCAGCACAGACAACAGACACAUGAGAUACCAAUCCCAAAUGACAAAAAUGAACCUGAUCCAGAACAGGCAAAAUCAAAAGAAGACACUAUUAGUUUGACACAGGGGAGUGAAAACACACAAGGAGAAGUUGAGUUUUCAGAUACUACAGUAGCCGAGGUUCUUGACAUUUGUAGAACAGAAACAGACUCGUUGAGUGAGAUACCUGAUGAAAACCAACCUGACGCUUUUAUGGGACACAUGGACAAUGACAACCAAAGUAGUCCUGGUGCUGCAAAAGUUUGUCCCAUCUUUCUGGAUGUUGAUCAACCUGCAUUUAAACACGAGCACCACCAGUCAGCUUAUGAUAAUGAAUUUGGUCCUGAAAAUUCUACUACUAAAUCGCGGGACUUUAAAUCAGAAGGAACCAAUUCUAACAAGGAUCAAAUGCAGUCAAUGGACAGUCUAGAGGAAAUGCAGUCGACCGAACAAACAGAAUCCGUGCAACCGAGUCAGACUGAAAAUGCUCAUCUUAAACAAAUCCAAACCCCUGCUGGUACAGAAGAUCCCUGCGGAGAUGUAGAUGUGUCACAUCCUCAAGCAUCUACAUCAUCAGACAGAGAUUCUGUAGAGGCAGAUGUGCUGCAAAUUCAGGCAGGUCAUACAAAAGAACCUGAUGCCAUAUCCAUUUCCUGUGAGCCAAAUGCUUCAUCUGUAGAUCAGGACAGAAAAGAGAGACAACAGAAAGCAAUUGGAAAUGGUAAAAGCACAAAUGAACGGGACACUGAACGGGCCAAAGCAAAAGAUGGCCGUUAUUCCAAGCAUUCCAGGUCUAUUAAGAAAGGAAAGAAAACCAAGAGAGGACCGAACACAGAUCAGACAAAUACUAAAGAAGACAGGAAGAGUGAAACAAUGUCCAAACAAAUCCGUGAAGGCAGCUCUGUACAUCAUCAGACAACGAGCACAAAACAUCUCGAUGCUACAGACACAACACAAGGAUCAUUCACAGAAGUGGAUGUGCUGCAAAAUCAGCGAAAUGAUACAACAAAAGAUCCUGAUAGCAGAAGUGUUUCUUAUCAGCUAGAAUGUGACACAGAAGACAGACAAGAGACAGCAAACCCAAUUUCCAAAAUCACAAAAGAACCAGAAAGUGAACAGACAAAAGCAGAAGAGGACACCAUCAAUUUCAGACAAGAAAGUGAAUACACACACAGGGAAAGUGAUAUUUCACAUGAUCCAGCAAAAGAAGGUCUUCGAAUUUCUAUAGCAGAAAUGGAACAAGAGCAGGCAAAUAUCAAAGAAGAUAAUAUGAUGUCCAGACAGGGAAUUGAACCCGCACACAGCGAAGCUGAUAUUUCUCAUGGCCCAAUAUCAGAAGUUGUUGAAAUUUCCACAACAGAAAUUGACUUGUCGAAUCAGACACCUGAUGCAACCGAGUCUGAAUCGAGGACAGUACAUAUGGACAGUGACAACCAAAGUAGCACUGGGACUGAGACAGUCUGUAAAUCCAUUCAGGAUGUUGAUCAGCCCAUGCUGAAACCUGAUGGGCAGCAGUCAGUGGAAACUCCCAAAGGUGGAGAGGCUAAUGAGUUUAGUUCUGACAAUCCCACUGACAAUGCAAUAGAUUCUAAAUCAACAACAACCACAAACAUUCAAGGUGAUCUUUUGAAAUCACUGGGCAGUCUGGAGAAAAUUCAAUCAAGUCCACUUACACAAUCAUUGCAAAUAUGUCAGCCUGAAAAAAUAUAUUCUCAGGAAGUCGAAGUUCCUGUUUGUGCAGAAAGUUCCACUGGCGAUGCAGAUUUGUCAAGUCAACAAACUUCGCAUAUUACAGACAUGGAUGUGCUGCAAAAUCAGGACAUUGAUACAGUAGCUGAGAUUAAUGUUAGAUCUGUUCCCUAUGAAAAAUCUCCUGAUCAGCACCAACAACAAGGGCAAGAGAAGGCAAUCCCAAGUGACAGAACUGAAGCAGAUUCAGAACAGGCAAAAUCAAAAGAAGACACUAUUAGUUUGACACAGGGGAGUGAAAACACACAAGGAGAAGGUGAUUUUUCAGAUACUACAGUAGCUGAGGUUCUUGACAUUUGUAGAACAGAAACAGACUCGUUGAGUGAGAUACCUGAUGCAAACCAACCUGACGCUUUUAUGGGACACAUGGACAAUGACAACCAAAGUAGUCCUGGUGCUGCAAAAGUUUAUACCAUCAUUCUGGAUGUUGAUCAACCUGCAUUUAAACACGAGCACCACCAGUCAGCUGAUGAUGAUGAAUUUGGUCCUGAAAAUUCUACUGCUAAAUCACGGGACUUUAAAUCAGAAGGAACCAAAUCUACCAAGGAUCAGAUGCAGUCAAUGGACAGUCUAGAGGAAAUGCAGUCGACCGAACAAACAGAAUCCGUGCAACCGAGUCAGACUGAAAAUGCUCAUCUUAAACAAAUCCAAACCCCUGCUGGUACAGAAGAUCCCUGUGGAGAUGUAGAUGUGUCACAUCCUCAAGCAUCUACAUCAUCCGACAGAGAUUCUGUAGAGGCAGAUGUGCUGCAAAUUCAGGCAGGUCAUACAAAAGAACCUGAUGCCAUAUCCAUUUCCUGUGAGCCAAAUGCUUCAUCUGUAGAUCAGGACAGAAAAGAGAGACAACAGAAAGCAAUUGGAAAUGAUAAAAGCACAAAUGUACGGGACACUGAACGGGCCAAAGCAAAAGAUGGCCGUUAUUCCAAGCAUUCCAGGUCUAUUAAGAAAGGAAAGAAAACCAAGAGAGGACCGAACACAGAUCAGACAAAUACUAACGAAGACAGGAAGAGUGAAACAAUGUCCAAACAAAUCAGUGAAGGCAGCUCUGUACAUCAUCAGACAACGAGCACAAAACAUCUCGAUGCUACAGACACAACACAAGGAUCAUUCACAGAAGUGGAUGUGCUGCAAAAUCAGCGAAAUGAUACAACAAAAGAUCCUGAUAGCAGAAGUGUUUCUUAUCAGCUAGAAUGUGGCACAGAAGACAGACAAGAGACAGCAAACCCAAUUUCCAAAAUCACAAAAGAACCAGAAAGUGAACAGACAAAAGCAGAAGAGGACACCAUCAAUUUCAGACAAGAAAGUGAAUACACACACAGUGAAAGUGAUAUUUCACAUGAUCCAGUAAAAAAAGGUCUUCGAAUUUCUAUAGCAGAACAGGAGCAGGCAAAUAUAAAAGAAGAUAAUAUGAUGUCCAGACAGGGAAUUGAACCCGCACACAGCGAAGCUGAUAUUUCUCAUGGCCCAAUAUCAGAAGUUGUUGAAAUUUCCACAACAGAAAUUGACUUGUCGAAUCAGACACCUGAUGCAACUGAGUCUGAAUCGAGGACAGUACAUAUGGACAGUGACAACCAAAGUAGCACUGGGACUGAGACAGUCUGUAAAUCCAUUCAGGAUGUUGAUCAGCCCAUGCUGAAACCUGAUGGGCAGCAGUCAGUGGAAACUCCCAAAGGUGGAGAGGCUAAUGAGUUUAGUUCUGACAAUCCCACUGACAAUGCAAUAGAUUCUAAAUCAACAACAACCACAAAAAUUCAAGGUGAUCUUUUGAAAUCACUGGGCAGUCUGGAGAAAAUUCAAUCAAGUCCACUUACACAAUCAUUGCAAAUAUGUCAGCCUGAAAAAAUAUAUUCUCAGGAAGUCGAAGCUCCUGUUUGUGCAGAAAGUUCCACUGGCGAUGCAGAUUUGUCAAGUCAACGAACUUCGAUGUCACCUGUAACGCACAUUACAGACAUGGAUGUGCUGCAAAAUCAGGACAUUGAUACAGUAGCUGAGAUUAAUGUUAGAUCUGUUCCCUAUAAAAAAUCUCCGGAUCAGCACCAACAACAAGGGCAAGAGAAAGCAAUCCCAAGUGCCAGAACUGAAGCAGAUUCAGAACAGGCAAAAUCAAAAGACGACACUAUUAGUUUGACACAGGGGAGUGAAAACACACAAGGAGAAGUUGAUGUUUCAGAUACUACAGUAGCCGAGGUUCUUGACAUUUGUAGAACAGAAACAGACUCGUUGAGUCAGAUACCUGAUGCAAACCAACCUGACGCUUUUAUGGGACACAUGGACAAUGACAACCAAAGUAGUCCUGGUGCUGCAAAAGUUUAUACCAUCAUUCUGGAUGUUGAUCAACCUGCAUUUAAACACGAGCACCACCAGUCAGCUGAUGAUGAUGAAUUUGGUCCUGAAAAUUCUACUACUAAAUCACGGGACUUUACAUCAGAAGGAACCAAAUCUACCAAGGAUCUGAUGCAGUCAAUGGACAGUCUAGAGGAAAUGCAGUCGACCGAACAAACAGAAUCCGUGCAACCGAGUCAGACUGAAAAUGCUCAUCUUAAACAAAUCCAAACCCCUGCUGGUACAGAAGAUCCCUGUGGAGAUGUAGAUGUGUCACAUCCUCAAGCAUCUACAUCAUCAGACAGAGAUUCUGUAGAGGCAGAUGAGCUGCAAAUUCAGGCAGGUCAUACAAAAGAACCUGAUGCCAUAUCCAUUUCCUGUGAGCCAAAUGCUUCAUCUGUAGAUCAGGACAGAAAAGAGAGACAACAGAAAGCAAUUGGAAAUGAUAAAAGCACAAAUGUACGGGACACUGAACGGGCCAAAGCAAAAGAUGGCCGUUAUUCCAAGCAUUCCAGGUCUAUUAAGAAAGGAAAGAAAACCAAGAGAGGACCGAACACAGAUCAGACAAAUACUAACGAAGACAGGAAGAGUGAAACAAUGUCCAAACAAAUCAGUGAAGGCAGCUCUGUACAUCAUCAGACAACGAGCACAAAACAUCUCGAUGCUACAGACACAACACAAGGAUCAUUCACAGAAGUGGAUGUGCUGCAAAAUCAGCGAAAUGAUACAACAAAAGAUCCUGAUAGCAGAAGUGUUUCUUAUCAGCUAGAAUGUGGCACAGAAGACAGACAAGAGACAGCAAACCCAAUUUCCAAAAUCACAAAAGAACCAGAAAGUGAACAGACAAAAGCAGAAGAGGACACCAUCAAUUUCAGACAAGAAAGUGAAUACACACACAGGGAAAGUGAUAUUUCACAUGAUCCAGCAAAAGAAGGUCUUCGAAUUUCUAUAGCAGAAAUGGAACAAGAGCAGGCAAAUAUCAAAGAAGAUAAUAUGAUGUCCAGACAGGGAAUUGAACCCGCACACAGAGAAGCUGAUAUUUCUCAUGGCCCAAUAUCAGAAGUUGUUGAAAUUUCCACAACAGAAAUUGACUUGUCGAAUCAGACACCUGAUGCAACUGAGUCUGAAUCGAGGACAGUACAUAUGGACAGUGACAACCAAAGUAGCACUGGGACUGAGACAGUCUGUAAGUCCAUUCAGGAUGUUGAUCAGCCCAUGCUGAAACCUGAUGGGCAGCAGUCAGUGGAAUCUCCCAAAGGUGGAGAGGCUAAUGAGUUUAGUUCUGACAAUCCCACUGACAAUGCAAUAGAUUCUAAAUCAACAACAACCACAAACAUUCAAGGUGAUCUUUUGAAAUCACUGGGCAGUCUGGAGAAAAUUCAAUCAAGUCCACUUACACAAUCAUUGCAAAUAUGUCAGCCUGAAAAAAUAUAUUCUCAGGAAGUCGAAGUUCCUGUUUGUGCAGAAAGUUCCACUGGCGAUGCAGAUUUGUCAAGUCAACAAACUUCGAUGUCACCUGUAACGCAUAUUACAGACAUGGAUAUGCUGCAAAAUCAGGACAUUGAUACAGUAGCUGAGAUUAAUGUUAGAUCUGUUCCCUAUGAAAAAUCUCCUGAUCAGCACCAACAACAAGGGCAAGAGAAGGCAAUCCCAAGUGACAGAACUGAAGCAGAUACAGAACAGGCAAAAUCAAAAGAAGACACUAUUAGUUUGACACAGGGGAGUGAAAACACACAAGGAGAAGUUGAGUUUUCAGAUACUACAGUAGCUGAGGUUCUUGACAUUUGUAGAACAGAAACAGACUCGUUGAGUCAGAUACCUGAUGCAAACCAACCUGACGCUUUUAUGGGACACAUGGACAGUGAUAACCAAAGUAGUCCUGGUGCUGCAAAAGUGUAUACCAUCAUUCUGGAUGUUGAUCAACCUGCAUUUAAACAUGAGCACCACCAGUCAGCUGAUGAUAAUGAAUUUGGUCCUGAAAAUUCUACUGCUAAAUCACGGGACUUUACAUCAGAAGGAACCAACUCUAACAAGGAUCUGAUGCAGUCAAUGGACAGUCUAGAGGAAAUGCAGUCGACCGAACAAACAGAAUCCGUGCAACCGAGUCAGACUGAAAAUGCAGAGGUUCUUGAAAGUUCUAGGGCAGUUGAGAUGUUGGGUCAGAUAGCUGUUUGUACAGAAAGUUACACUGGAGAUGCAGACUUGAUGAGUCAUCAACCUUCUACAUUAUCAGAAAAGGAUAUGACAGGCAUUGAUGUGCUGCAGAAUCAGGAAGUUGACACAACAAAAUUGAUUGAUGCCAGAUCUGUUUCCUACCAGCAAAACACUACAUCUCUAGAUCAGGACAAAGGCGAUGGACAAGAGACCACAAACCUAGAUAACAAAAAUAUAAAUGACCCAGACACUGGAGAAGCAAAAUCAAAACACGAUUAUAUAUUCAGAUUAGGAACUGACCCAGCACAUAGAGAUGCUGAUAUUUCACAUUGUCCUUUACCAGAGGGUCUUGAAAUCUCUAGUACUGGAACUGACUUGUCAAAUCAGGUACCUGAUUCAAACAAGUUUGAAUCUAAUGUGCCAUGCAUGAAGAGUGAAACCAAAAGUAGCCCUGAGACUGAUGAGAUCUGUACUAUCGUUCUGGAUGUUGAUCAACCCAUAUUGAAACCUAUUGGGCAGGAGUCGAUGGAGUUUCCUAAAACUGGAGGUGCCAAAGAAUUCAGUUCUAAAAAUCCCACUUCAAAUGCAAAGGACUCUAAAUCAGGAACAACAAAAAGUAAGGAGGAUCUUAGAUUGUCAUCAAACAGUGUAGAACAGAUGUCGUCAUCUUUACUUCGAGAAUUAACGCAACCAGUUCAGACUGGAAAUGCUCAAGUCCAAACCCCUGUUGAUGUAGAUAGUUCCUCUGGAGGUGCAGAUUUGUCAAGUCAACAAGCUUCAAAGUUAUCAGACAGGGAUGUUACAGAGGCAGAUUUGGUACAAAAUCAGCAGAGUGAUACAACAGAUUUGAUUGAUGCCAGAUCUGUUUCCUACCAGAAGAACACUCUAACUAUAGAAUGGGACAGAGAGGACACACAGGAUACCACAAAACCAGCUGACAAAAACAUGAAUGACCUGGACACUGAACAGGCACAAUUAGAAGAAAACAAUAUUAGGUUUGGACAGGGAAGUGAACCUACACAAAGUGAUAUUUCACAUGGUCCAGUACCAGAGGUUCUUCAGAUUUCUAAGGCAGAAAAUGACUUGUUGAAUCCAAUCCAAUACCAAGAAAAUGACAGUGCCACAGGCACUCAUCCUCCCAGUAUAAAAUCAACAGACUUUAAAUGCACCAUUCAGAAGCAAGUUCCUAAUUCAGGGGACAUUUCAGAGACAUCCAGAGCUGAGUCUGAUUCACUGAUAACAACUGCGGUACCUUUACAGCUGGACUUCAGCAUCCAUCCAGAAGCGAGCUCAAAGGAGCAAGCCAAGGAUUUGGAGAGCCAUGAUUGCUUCCAGCCGGAAGAAAGAUCCAAAGCCAAAAGAAAUGCGUCUGGAAGUGAAGGAGAUCAUCAGUGUGAAGGUUUCAAGGACAACAGCAAACAAACGAGGACAGCAAACCAGCCUUCCCAAGCAUCAGCACUGGACACCUUAUUGGAUAUCAGCACAAAUGUUCACCUUGUAAUGGACACCAGUGAUGGAUAUCAGACUAGGGAGGCAGCCUGGCUUCUAGAAGCAUCAGUUACAGAAUUGGAGAACCAACUAGAAAGGGCUGUUCAUAGGAUACUGAAAUGUCGAUAUCAGCCAGCCCAGCUUAGCACUGAACUGAUGAGUCAGCAACUUCAGGAAGCAGAGAGCUGCAGACAGUAUGUAGAGGAGCAGUUGGUUUCACAGUCUCAACGUGGAGGCACUGGUAUCUCCCAGCGCAACCAAAGUAUGGUGGAGAGAUGGAAUUUGGCACUGUUGGAUGCUACAGCCACAAUACAGGUUAAAGAGGGCCAGCUCCAACAGGUCAAACAAUAUCACCACCAAGUACGGGCCCUCCAAGAUACACUUCAGGAACUGGAAGAAGAGUUGGAUUCACUGAGCCUGGUUGCUUUGAAAAGCAGUGCUAUUCAAGCAAAAAAACUGUGUGAUUUCCUCAAGAGCAUGGAGCAGAAGGAGAGCAUACUGGAAGAACUGAUGCACACAUGUUGCCAUGUGUCACCCUAUUUAGGAGAGGCUGAGGGUCCAGUGACAUGCUUAAUCCAGGUUAAGAAUUUGCAGAAAAAGUGGCAGAUUUUGGAGGCAACAGCAGGCAGAACCUUAAGGCAUGCUGACCAUUGUAUGUCCGAAGCUUCUCUACUAAUGAAGGAUGCUAAGGCACUUCUGGGUGAAGUAGAGGUUCUGGACACAGCUUCUUCCUCACCUUCAACUCAGAUAAAAGACUGCCAAAGCGCCAUACAGGAAACAAUAGCAUUCUCUGAGUUUUUGGAAAUAAAUGAACGAUACCUGUACCUCCUUGAGCUCUCACAUGCACUUUUCCAAUGUCCACUAGGGGAGAAGGAAAAGGAAGACAUUAGCAAUGUUUUCCAAAAUCUGAAAUCUCAGUUGGAUUGUGCUCAGGAGAAACUUUGUACUGAUGCUACCUGUCCUAGUGACCACUUACUGGCAGAGAUCACUAAUACUAUGAAAAGCUGGUUUGCUUGGGCAAAGCAAGCAGAGAUCAGAAUCACCAGAAAAAAGAAGUUAUCUCUUUACCCCGAGGAAGCCAGUCAGCAAGUUAACAGCAUGAAAAAACUGCAGUCAGAAAUAUUCUCCCGGCAAAUCAAAUUGUCCUCUGUGAUUAUGAAAUUAAAAGAGGAGAUUACAGGACUUAGCCAGGUGGAUCCUUCUCUUAUGUUAUCUGCAUUUCAGACCUUAGAGAACUUAUACAGUAAGAUCUCCGAGAAGGCAGAGAGUGUUAGUGCAGAACUGAACCAAAUGUUGUUUGCUAGGCAGAGACUGGACAUGCAGAUUACAGAUAAUAGCACUUGGCUGGCCUCACUCUUGGAGAAAGAGUCCAGUAAAGUUACAGAAAUCCAGCUUCGAGGCUCUACCACAGACUUGCGAGUCUACCAUCAAAAACAUAAAGCUACUUUAAAAGAAGCUGAGAAGCGACUAUCUACCAUUCAGACACUUCUGGAUGAGACAAAGGACAUGGUUCCUGGUCUGAGUACUGUAGACACUUUCCACCUUAUCAACAAACUUUCCACCUUGCAUGAAGAGAUCAGUAGGAUCGUAAAAUGUAAGCAAACCACAUGCUGGGACCUAGAGGAGCUCUUGCAUACCAUGGAAUCUUCUACAGAAGAAUUUGCUGCCAUCCAAAAGAGUUUACGUCAAAUAACAACUGGCCUUGAGAAGCAAAGAUAUCCUGUAACACAAGACUCACUUGCUUCUAUCGACCCUAUGAGACACACACUGAUAGAGCGUCUUUCUCAAGUGACGGAAGUUAAGCAUUGCCAGGAGAACCAGAGGAAAGACCUUCUACGGACCAUUCUGAACUUACAGCAGAAAAUGAGGCUGCUGGAUCAGCAGAGCAUGGAACAUGAAGAAUAUCUGACAUCCAAAAAGCAUUUGGAAAACCACUUUGAGGCCGUGAAGAAGAGAGUUCAUGAGGUUGCUGAUAGCAGCAGAGAUGCUGAUAAACAAUUCCAUAUGGGUCAAACCCUUCUAGUGGAGAUACCUCUGGUUAAGAUGUCCUGUCAGAACACGUCAGAGAAACUGGAGACCAUUUGUAGUGACCUCUUUCCAUCACAAUUGAACUUAGAGAGGCAAAAGAUUCACAGCAUGCUGCAAAGUCUUACUACCUGGGAACAUAUCGUUAGCAAUGAUGUUAAAAACCACGAGGACUACCUAUUGGCUAGCAGUCUUAGCAAUCUAAGGGAGCUGACUCCACUAACUGAACACUUUAUGAGAGUUGAAGAGCAGCUAAAGCAGAACACCUGCCUGGAUCCAAACGACCAAGCCAUUACCAUGGCACUACAAACGUGCUUGACACUUGAGAGGUCGGUAGCAUCUGGACUACGGAUGUUGGAGACUUGCAAAGACUGGACAGCUAUUGAAGGCUAUGGAAAAACCACUGAUACAGGAAGAAGAAUUUUAAAAGACUGUAAAAUGCAAAUGGAAAACCUUCUCAAGGCAAAGGAGGCCCUGAAAGACACUCGCAGUGCUGUCCGACGAGCUGUUGGUUUCCUUCAGCAGAUUGAGACGAAACUCUUUGUUCCAUCUGCCAGCUUCAAAGACUCUAAAGAAGAACUGAACCAUACUCAACAACUUCUUGCUAGCCUGUCUAAAGGAUUCCAGCAACACGUGACUGAAUUACAGACCCAACUGCCCUCACUAGCAUGUUUUUCUCCUCAAAUUAAGGAGCUCCAUAUCCAGGUUGCCAGCCACCUCCAUGUGAUUGAUGCCAAAUUGGAAGCACAAGCUCAGCUCAAACUGGAAGCCCUUCAGAGGUGCUUAAUGGAACAGGCCACUCACACCGAACAGCAUGAUGACAUGAACCACCUUCUUCAAAACUUUGACCUCCAACUUUCAGACAGCUUCAGUCACAAACCAAAUUCUUUAGAAGAGUGCAAAGACCAGCUUGAGAAAAUUAAGGUGCUUCAGGAGGAGCUAUUUAACAUACAUACAAGGCUGGAGGAGUUAAAAGGCAAAUGUCCACUGCUGAACUGUAACAUAGGUGCAGAGAAGAGACUGGGACAUCUCCAGAGGCAUUGGGCUUUGCUGCAGAGUCGGCUGGAUGCACUGAAAUCCAGAGCAGCCCAUACAGAAACACAAUGGAGGGAAAUUAAAUUAAGAAUCAAGAGAUCCAGGGAAGCUCUUGACCAUCUUCAACACAGCCUCUCUGAGAUCUCCAAGACAAAGGGAUCUCUUGUGAAGCUUCAAGAGAUCCUGGGACAAACUGAAGAGCUUCAAAAUGAACUGGACCAAGAGCAAGUCACGCUGGUCUCUCUUCAACGGUAUGAAUCACGACUGCUGAGCGCCUCAAAAGUUCAGGAGUAUAACACUCCCAGCCAAACAAGCCAGGACCUGCAAUCCCUUCUGAGCAGUUGCAGAAGCCUAAGAGAACAGAGCAAUGAGGUGAGACAUGAUGUGUUGUCUGAGAUCCAGGAGUGGAAUCGCUUUCAGGAGGAAUUGAAGGGAGUGCAGCAGAGUAUUGUCUCCCUGCUGUCAGUCCUGCAGAGCCAGUCAGAUUCCAGACAUAUACGGGAGGUUCGAGGAGGGGUAGACUCUCAGCAUGUCAGACUGCAGGACAUUAUGAACAGGGUGAGGAAGAGGAGCAAGAACCCACCUCAAGAGAUCCAGAAUCUACAUCACCAGGUCACUCUGUCCGUGAAGGAGGCCAAGGACAUGGUGGGACAGGCUAUGGCAAGGAGUGGCUCUCUUCAGAGAAUGAGUGAGCAUGUGGACAAAGUGACUGUGGGUUUAAGACGUGUCGAGGCCCUGCUGCAGCAGAAGAGUCCCACUGUAAAAGAAGCUGAGAGCAUACUCAAGCGGGUAUGGGAUGAAUUGGACCAAUGGCACUCACGGAUCAAUGAACUAGAGGCAGAGGUUCAGGAGUUGGCUGAGGAGCAGCCUGAGAGAGUUCAUAUACUAAUGGAUGAGCUCACCAAGCCCCUGCAGCUCUACCAGACUGUAGCCAAGCAGGCAGAGCAGAGGACAGCCUUCAUUAACAGAAUCCCUACAUGUCUUCAAGAGUAUCAGGACGUUCUGCGUAGCUCUACAUGCUGGCUGGCUGAGACUCAGUCCUGGCUAAAAACUCCUCAGACCUACACGACGGCCAAGUGUCUGCACAGCCAUGCCAACUCCCUACAGAUGGUGCUGGAUGAGUCAGAAGGGAUACAAGGGUCUCUGAAGGCUUUCGGGCCUUCACUCCAGGAGAUAUCAGCUGUAUGUGACACCAGUACUGAGGAGCAGAACUUUUUGCAGAUCUGCACCAACAUUAGCUCCAUGCAGCACAGUGUUGUGGAACCUCUUUCUCAGCUCCAGCAUGCAGCAGCAGAGAUGGAUGCAAUUGAAGCGGAGGUGAAGACAAUGGAGAAGAGUAUCUCCAAGAUCAGAAGUAUCUUAUCGACUGUAAAGACAGAGGACAUAACCCCAGAGGAGCAUCUUCAAAACAGACAGAUAAUCCUAGAAACCCUGCAGGCCAUGCAGAGGACCUUAGCUGAGAUCGAGAGGUGCAGGGAUGGCCUGGGUCUGCCUACAGGAGCCGAACUCAGUCUCUCGGUUUUCCACAGAGCUGAGCAGCUUCAUCCUCAUAUCAACGAGCUCCAGCAGCUCACCGAGGAGCAAAGCGCUGCGUUCAGGGCUGCUAUUCGUCAGUCCAUGCCUCUUAUCUCUCCCUCUGAUGGAGGAAUGGUGUCCAGUCUUACCCUUCAGUCCUCUGGGGAUGUGAUGGUGCCUGUGGAAAGAACAUACUCGAAAGAAGAGGAUGAUGAAGAUUAUGAAGAUGAAGGCAGUCAGUCUUCAUCUUCUGGGACUCUCACUUGCAGUGCUUCAGAGGACCCAGAUGAGAUUUCAGUGGGUGAAGAUCCUGGUGCUGACACUGUGUUCCAAGAGUCUGUCACCGAGGAAUCUUUUCCUGGAGAAACAGAAAGGCCAGUGGAGACGGAACUAGAAAGUGUUACUUCACCUAACCAGCUUGAAACAACUAUUUCAAAUACAACACACAGCAGAUCAGUUGAUGAUGAUGAUGCAGUUCACGUGCAUGUUCCUGUUACAACUCCAGAGGUGUUAUUACCUCUGACAACUGAUGAUGCUGUGCAACCUGACAUAUCACCUAAAGAACCAGAGGAAACACUGGAGGACAUUAAAUAUCCAGAAACAACAGAGACGCCUGAAGGAAUGACACAUGAAAAUGAAUUAAAACCAGAGCAGACAGGGAUAUCUGCUGUAAAGCCAGGACUGAUCUGUGAAAACAAGGACGUUGUGGACAUGAAGACUGAGUCCGGCAUUCAAGAAAUAUUAACUGAUCAAGUCGAAGGGUCCAGAUCCAAAUCUCCUGAGAAAGAAAGUAUGGCAUGUACUACGAUCGGUGAAGACCAUAAGCUAGUUGAGACUACAGUCCCUACACUGGACACAGACACUGUCUCUCUGGAGGACAAAGCACUGAAUCUCGAUGAGACUCCAGUGGAUGAAGCUCCUGCUGAAACUACCGCUGCCCCUGAGCUCCAAGUAUCUGUCACUAAGGACCCAGAUGAGAUUUCAGUGGGUGAAGAUCCUGGUGCUGACACUGUGGUCCAAGAGUCUGUCACCGAGGAAUCUUUUCCUGGAGAAACAGAAAGGCCAGUGGAGACGGAACUAGAAAGUGUUACUUCACCUAACCAGCUUGAAACAACUAUUUCAAAUACAACACACAGCAGAUCAGUUGAUGAUGAUGAUGAUGCAGUUCACGUGCAUGUUCCUGUUACAACUCCAGAGGUGUUAUUACCUCUGAUAACUGAUGAUGCUGUGCAACUUGACAUAUCAACUAAAGAACCAGAGGAAACACUGGAGGACAUUAAAUAUCCAGAAACAACAGAGACGCCUGAAGGAAUGACACAUGAAAAUGAAUUAAAACCAGAGCAGACAGGGAUAUCUGCUGUAAAGCCAGGACUGAUCUGUGAAAACAAGGACGUUGUGGACAUGAAGACUGAGUCCGGCAUUCAAGAAAUAUUAACUGAUCAAGUCGAAGGGUCCAGAUCCAAAUCUCCUGAGAAAGAAAGUAUGACAUGUACUACGAUCAGUGAAGACCAUAAGCUAGUUGAGACUACAGUCCCUACACUGGACACAGACACUGUCUCUCUGGAGGACAAAGCACUGAAUCUCGAUGAGACUCCAGUGGAUGAAGCUCCUGCUGAAACUACCGCUGCCCCUGAGCUCCAAGUAUCUGUCACUAAGGACCCAGAUGAGAUUUCAGUGGGUGAAGAUCCUGGUGCUGACACUGUGGUCCAAGAGUCUGUCAUCGAGGAAUCUUUUCCUGGAGAAACAGAAAGGCCAGUGGAGACGGAACUAGAAAGUGUUACUUCACCUAACCAGCUUGAAACAACUAUUUCAAAUACAACACACAGCAGAUCAGUUGAUGAUGAUGAUGCAGUUCACGUGCAUGUUCCUGUUACAACUCCAGAGGUGUUAUUACCUCUGACAACUGAUGAUGCUGUGCAACUUGACAUAUCAACUAAAGAACCAGAGGAAACACUGGAGGACAUUAAAUAUCCAGAAACAACAGAGACGCCUGAAGGAAUGACACAUGAAAAUGAAUUAAAACCAGAGCAGACAGGGAUAUCUGCUGUAAAGCCAGGACUGAUCUGUGAAAACAAGGACGUUGUGGACAUGAAGACUGAGUCCGGCAUUCAAGAAAUAUUAACUGAUCAAGUCGAAGAGUCCAGAUCCAAAUCUCCUGAGAAAGAAAGUAUGACAUGUACUACAAUCAGUGAAGACCAUAAGCUAGUUGAGACUACAGUCCCUACACUGGACACAGACACUGUCUCUCUGGAGGACAAAGCACUGAAUCUCGAUGAGACUCCAGUGGAUGAAGCUCCUGCUGAGACUACCGCUGCCCCUGAGCUCCAAGUAUCUGUCACUAAGGAAUCUCUUCCCGAAGAAAUCGAAAAGUCAGUGGAGUCUGCACCCUUAAAAACUGAGAAUGGUGCUUCAUUGAAACAAAAGUCCAUUGUUAAAGAUGCUGAUCCUGUAUCUGCCACUGUUUGUCCACAACAUCUUGAUUCAUCAAUACCUGUCACACCUGAUCCUGCUGUGCAACUUUACAUACCAACGAAACUAACCAGUAAAGACACUGAGGAAAUGCUGAAGGACAUCAAACAGGCAGAAGCAAUGGAGAAGACUGAAGGAGUGACACAGAACGAUGCACUAAAGCCAGAGCAGAUAGGGGCGUCUCCUGUAAAACCUGGACUUGUUAGUAAAGACAUGGACAUUGUCGACAUGGGGACUGAGUCAGAGCUUCAGGAAAUGUUGGAAGAGUCCAAAUCCAAAGCUAUAGAGAAGGAAACGGUGAGACAAACUUGCGUCAGUGAAGACCAAAAGAGAGCUGUGUCCUUCUUAGAUGCAGUGCCUAUAUUGGACACAAAUGCUACACCUCAGGAGGAUACAGCACUGCAGGAGGUGCAGAAGGAGCUCCAAGAGCAGAGAGAUCUGAUAAAGGCCAUUGCUCGCCACAGCAGUAGCUCCGAUCUGGAGCAGGAGGACCAGAUACAGUCUCAGAAAUGUGCAGAAUCCAUUGGUGGGAGCCUGUAUGUUCCUGAGCAGCCAAAAGAGAUGGAAGUGACCUGGGUCCAACUUCUUCCCAGACUAGACCUUCUGCUGGACUCAGAAAACAUUGAACGGGACAGAACUAAAUUAGAGGUGAAAAGUAUAGCUGAGGAUGAAGUAGUUCGUGGUGCUAGAGCUUCCAUCACCCAGGAAAUGCAUGGGCAUGCUGAGCGACUUCGGCUUAUCAAUCAUAAGAGAGUCACGCAAGCCACUCCAGCUGCUAUUGUUCAGUCUGAGCUGUGUGAGGCCGUGACUGGUCUGAGUCACACACUCUCCAGAAUCACACACAUACUUCAGUCUCCGUCAGAGAUGAGCAGGGAGACCAGCCAGCUCCAUCUGCUCAAUGUGCAGUGUCUGUCAUCACAGUUGGCUUCUAUAAGCAGUAUGAUCAGCGGUAUGGGCCAAGAAAUCGUUGUCUCUGAGGACUCAGUUGCAACUUCCUGUCUGGAGCGAAUCAGUAGUUGCAUAUCCUCCAUUCAGAGGGCCUUGUCAUCCCAAGAGGAGCUGUUGAGUAGGCAGCUAGGUCAUACUCCACAGCUUCAGGUUGCAGUACAGUUGCUUGAAAGUCCAGUAUCUGUACUGGAGGCCAAAGAAGCACAGCAUAGUAAAUCAACCAACUUCAUUCAAGAUCUCUCAAGCCUACAGGUGUGGAGUUCCAUGCAAAAGGACAAGAGGACAGAACAAGAGGUUUCAGCACUACACCGCUGCUAUCAGGCUAAUCUACAGGGUCUGAAGGAUCUGUUGGAGCUGGGCUCCGAGCGACUUCAACACAGUCAAGAUACGCAUGAGCACAGCUGCAGCCAACUCCACAGCCUGCUCAGAGGACACAAGAGGUACUUCAAAGAGUUGAGGUGGCACCAUGCGAUGAUCCAGCAUCUAUCCAAGCAGAUACCAGAAGAAGCACUGCAAGAUCAUAAAGAAGUUGAACAGUUGGUCUCAGAGCUGGUUCUGCAGGCUUUAGAACAAGGAGUUCACGUACAGCACAACUUAGAGGAGUGCUCUCGAUAUGAAGAGAUGGGAGUGAAACUGGGGAGGCAGCUGGAAGAGCUGGAGGCAGCAAUGCCCAGUAAUGACCUGAACUCCGAAUCUAAACCAAAAUUACGAGACCAGCUGCAGGCCUACCAGCAGUUGCAAAGGCUCCUGCAGGACAGCAGGCCCCAGUUGGAACUGCUGCAAGCCCAGGGUUCGUUUCCUGAGCCAGCGAACCACACUGGUCCAAGUUCACAGCUUCAGAAUAACUGGCUAGCUCUCCACAGACAGCUGGAGCAGGAGAUCCAACGCACAAAGGAGAUGCAAGUCAGCUAUGAUAGGUUUCAGGGCAAUUCUGCUGAACUGAACGUAUGGAUUGCUUCUGUACUUGAAAAUGUGCAAAUGUGGAACAAGCUCUGUGAUCCUAAUCCACAGGAUUCAACGUUUCUUCUGACAAAUAUCAUGAACUUCUUUAAGGAGCUGGAAAGCAGGUCUUUACAGAAGGCCAGCGCAGUGAGAGCAGGUAUGCAGGUCCUGCAACUGUCAGACACAGAGACUCCUGAACUACGCCAGCAUUUGGUUCGGCUUGAGCAAGAGUGGACAGAGCUCACUCAUGCUGUCCCCUCUGUCCAGCACACACUGCAGCAGCUGUUGGCAGGUCUAGGUCAGCGUGAGGUCAGGGCUUAUCUGUCUGCCUGGCUGGAGCAAAUAAAGAGCAGACUGGAGGAGGAGAGUGCCAGUGAGCAUCGUGUCCUAAACUCGACUGAGCUCACCACAUUUCUGCAGCAUCUGAAGGACUGUAAAGCAGAAAUGACAAGUCGACAGCCGUGCAUAGACUUCCUCAACCAUUCUGUAGAAGAGAAGGGCUUUGUGGAUGAUACAGCCAAUCGUAAUGAGCGUUUGACCCUUGCUGAGCAACUGGGAGCCCUAAAUCUCGAUUGGAUCCUCCUACAAAGAAAGAUUGACCUCAAGAUGCGAGAAAUAGAGCACAAAAAGCAGGACUGUGCACAGAGAGAGCGACGUCUGCAGCGACUCUGCAGCUGGAUCUCAGAGAAAGAAAAGAAGAUGAGCGUGAAUAGGAGGCCAGCUGGCUGGACACACAUACAGCAAGCUUUAACAGAUUCCGAGGAGGAGGAGGAACAGUUAAAGCUAAAAUCCACUGAGCUGCUGCAGUUGAGAACUCUUCACGUGUUAGGGCAGAAGGAUGGCCAGCAUCCAGGAGAUCAGACAUUCUUUUCACAGGUGGAGAGCAUCAGUGAGCAGUGCCAAACUCUGAGGCAACAGGUGGGUGCUGUUCGGACUGUUCUGGUCAGGCUGAAAGAACAGUGGGCUCAGUUGGACUCAGCACUAAGGGACGCAGUGCUGCACACUGUCAGUGUGGCCUAUAAGCUGGAGUGCAGCAAGAUUCCUACAUUGUCACUCCAGCAGAGCAAAGAACAUGUAGAUCAGCUUCAGGAGCUUCACACGGAGGUAGAAAGAUCAGCGGAGAAUUGGACGAACUUGGCCAGUCUAUUUUCAGACCUGAAAGACAAAAUCCACCCUGGUGCUUCUGUACUUUUGUCUAAUGAAUUGGAUCAAGGGAAAGCACGGUGGUCAGCUGUGGUGCGUGACGUCACUUUGGAGCUGCAGAAGUCUCAGACGGAGCUGCGUCUCUGGCAGGAGUACAGGCGGCUGUAUGAGGGCUGCUCCGAGCAUGUGAACCUUUACUGGGAGCAGUGUGAGGCUUUUCUGAGCCUUCCGAAAAAACAGGAGCAUGACAUCAAGCUGCUUCACAGCAGGAUAAAAAACAUCAGCGAGUUGGAGGACAAACUGGAAACAUUACGGGGAAAUGUUGGAACUGUAUUAGAGGCUUCUAAGCUUCUCGUGGCACAGCUAGAGCCCCGGGCAGCCCCUGUGAUCCAGUCAGAAGCCAGGAUUCUCUCUCGUGAUCUUGCGCAUCUGAGCCAGACACUAGUUAAAACACGGGAACAACUCCAGGAGGAGCUGGAAGAUCACGUCGGUUUCAGUACUGAUUUGGAAUCACUAACGCAGUGUCUUGAAAGAUCUGAAAGUGUAUUGACCUCCCCCUCUGCAAGCAUUGAGCACCUACAGCUGGCUCUUUUGGAGUUGAGUGCACAGACCCCUGACCUCGGUGCUCUGAAUGAGAGGAGCCUCAGAUUGCCACUUACUGCUUCUGAGGCCGAGCGGCUACAAGUCCUCAAUGCACACUGGGUGCAAGUCUUUACCCAAACCAUGAACAGGCACAGGGAAAUGUAUAGUGUGCAGUUGUGCGAUCAGAGCUUCCAGCAGAAGUGCCAAGGUUGGAUGGUUCUACUGGAGAAACUGGAAUCCGGGCUCCCCAAUGGCAUUUCUGGAAAUGAUUCUUCUAUGAGAGAACAGCUUGCUGUACACCAGAAGCUAAAGAUGGAAGUGCUGAUUGGCCAGCAGCUCCUGGAUGCUGUGGUCAGUGAGGCAUUGAGGCUUUUGGAUGAAAGUCAGGUCGAAGACAGGAAAGAUCUGAUUCUGAGGUUGACCCAGUUGAAGGAGCGAUGGCGAGAAACACUGCGUAGGGUUCAGCAGCGUAGCAGGUGCCUAGAGAAGCAAACCAAACAAUGGAGGCUGUAUAGGACAGGCCUGAAAAGACUUUGGAAACUUCUGAAGGACUUAGAAUAUUUACUGUCCCCUGCUGGAUUGGCACCUUACAGCUUUCAACAGAUUCAACAAUUCAUUCAGAAAUAUGAGCAGGCUCAGGAGAAGCUGAACGAUCAUAAGGAACUCUAUACCCAGACUCUGCAGGCGUACAGGCAGAUCUUACCCCUGGCAGAUGUACAGACACAAGCUGAGCUGAAGGCCCAAAUUGGGGCUUUGCAGGAAGCCUGGGAGCAAAGUAAUGGUCUGGUUGUAAAGAGGAAGGCUCUCUGUGAAACUGUUGUUCAGAAAUGGAGUUGCUGCGAGGAUGGACUUGCUGAUAGUGCGCUCCAUCUGAGAGAGAUUGCUGUCCGACUAAAGCAGCCACCACCAGACAACAUGGAGCUUCAGGAGAAGCUCUUCAAGGAGGACGAGAGGUCUUUGGAGCUGUGGGCUGGAGGAUUGAAGGAGCUGGUCACCAUGAAGGCAGAUAUCUCGCAGUAUGUGCUGCCCACAGACACGGUACUUCUCCAGGGACAGGUGGAGGAACUGCACAGCCAGUGGGAAGAACUUUGCCAGAAGGUGUCCAAGCGUAAACAAGAGAUUGCUGACCGCCUGAAUGCAUGGACGAUUUUCAACGACAAACACCAGGAGCUUUGUGAGUGGUUGGCACAGAUGGAAAGAAAGGUUACGCACAGCAGUGAUUACUUCAGCAUCGAGGAGAUGGUUGAGAAACUGAAAAAGGACUGCAUGGAGGAGAUUAACCUCUUCAGUGAGAAUAAGAGUCACCUUAAGCAGCUGGGGGAGCAGCUCCUUUUAGCCAGCGACCAAGCCAAAGAGGCCAACAUCCAUGGUGUACUCCAAGAUGUCAAUGACCGUUGGCAGCAUCUGUUUGACCACAUUGAAGCCAGAGUGAACAAGCUGAAAGAGACUCUAGCUGCUGUGCAGCAACUAGAUAAGAACAUGAGUAACCUGCGGAGCUGGCUGUCCCACAUCGAGGCAGAGCUGACCAAGCCUGUACACUACAGCAUCUGCAAUGGAGACGAGAUCCAGAAGAGACUAGAAGAACAGCAGGAGCUGCAGCGGGACAUUGAGCAACACACAGAGGGCAUAACAUCUGUCCUCACUUUGUGUGACAUGCUGCUGCAUGAUGAGGACGCCUGCAGCAACAGCACUGAAAAUGAUUCCAUCCCGCAGAUCACGCACAGUCUGGACCAGCGCUGGAGAAAUAUCUGCUCAAUGUCCUUAGAGAGGAAGACAAGGAUUGAGGAGACAUGGAGGUUGUGGUGUAAGUUUCAGGACGAUUACUCGCAAUUUGAAGAGUGGCUAAACUUAGCUGAGCAUACUGCUGCUGAACCCAAGUCAUCUGAUGUUCUUUACACUGUGGCUAAAGAGGAGCUCAAGAAAUAUGAGGCAUUCCAGAGAGAGGUACAUGAAAAGCUGGCCCAAAUAGAAUUGAUUAAUAGUCAGUACCGGCGGCUGGCCCGGGAGAACCACACUGACUCAGCUAACAGGCUGCGGACCAUGGUGCACCAGGGCAACCAGCGUUGGGACGCUCUGCAUAAGAGAGUGGCUGCCAUACUGCGCAGGCUGAGGCAUUUUACAACUCAGAGAGAGGACUUUGAAGGGACACGAGCGAGCCUGCUGGUCUGGCUGACUGAGAUGGACUUGCAACUUACCAAUGUGGAGCACUUCUCAGAGAGUGACAUCGAACACAAGCUGAAAAAGCUCAAAGGUCUCAAGAAGAAGAUAACUCAGAAUACAGAAAAGAUCGAUGCUCUGAUUGUGGUCGGUGAGGGUUUGAUUCAGAGGAGUGCUCCCCUGGAUGCUGUGCUUAUCGAGGAUGAGCUCGAAGAACUGCAUUCCUACUGCCAAACAGUGUUCAGCCGAGUGGGCUGCUUCCACCAGCGCCUCACCAGCCCUCAGCCUAUGUUGGACAAACCCGAGCUCUGUAUCAGCGAGAACACUGCAGGGAUGGAAGUUUCUGAUGUAGCUGAACCAAGCCAUGACACAUCCACCAGCCAUGCCUCCAUGUCCCUCCUGGUCCCCCCACAGGAGCGGUCAGGCUGUGAGACGCCGCUCAGUGUUGACUCCAUCCCCCUGGAGUGGGACCACACUGGAGAUGUGGGUGGUUCCUCCUCACAUGAGGAGGAGGAUGAUGCAAGCUUCUUCAGCUGCCUCUCAGGUGUGGAGGUCACAGAGAGCUCUGAGGCCUUUGUAAACGCCACAGUGCAGUCUUUUACAGCGAUCUCGGUCUCAGGACGAGAUGUGGCGGCUCAGAGCUGGCACUCACAGGCUGUUCCAGAUAAAAUCCCCUUUACCCUUUCCGGUACAAAAGGACACACACCUGAUCUUCCUGAACAUGAAAGCACACCUUUUAAAAAAGGCUAUGUUGAGAUCAUGUCUGAGUGCAGCAGCAGCAUUAAGAACGUAAAGAAGGUCUCGCUCAUCCUGGAUGAUGAUGUACAUCAGGAGAGCCAAGGAGGUCUCACCAGCCUCGCAGCUGCAGACAAACAGUCAAGAGUGAUCGAGCGCUGGGAGCUCCUCCAGGCGAGAGCAGUCGGAGAGGAGCAGUGCUACAGCAGAGACCGGGAACAGCUGACAUCUGACCUUCACAACAUCACUUCCUGGCUGGGCCAGGUCAUCCCGGAGCUCAAGAAGCUCCGAAAUGCAGAGACAGCAAGCGUUAGUGUGCAGAUUAUGGAGGCCAGGGUCAAACAGCUAAAGGACAUACAGAAGGCUUUUGCGCGCUAUAAGACGCUGAUGCUAAGUCUGAACUUAGGCGGACGGGAGCUGCAGUGUGAGACAGGUCCGGAGGUGCAGCAGCUACAGGAAGACUUGUGCAGCAUGAACCGGAGCUGGACCGAGGCUGGUGUGAGCUUGGAGGAGUGGGAGGACAGUCUGCGAAAGUCCUUCAUGCAUUGCCAGGAGUUCCAUGAGACGUUGCACUCGCUCUUGCUGUGGCUGGCCCACGCUGAGAGCAGGAGAUUCACCGUUAACAUCCAUGAUCCAUCUGUACUGCCCUCCGUGUUGCAUGAACACAGAACUGCACUGAUGGGUCUGGAAGAGGAGCUGAAAGCCAGGCAGAGGCGAGCGUCAUCUCUGCAGGAGAUCACCGCCGAGCUCCUCCCUGAGUCAGGGCCAGAGGAUGACUUUGAGGCUACAGAGAAGCUCCACGUCAUCUGCAACAAAUUACGGCUGCUUCUGCGUCAGGUCAAGCAGGACCUCCAAACUGUUCAAGAGCGCUUGGACUCCUCUGAGGCAUUGGCUGUGAGUCAAGGACAAGAUCCUGGAUCUUCAUCUACGCAGCUAACCGCAAGCAGAUCAUCCAGCACCACUAGGACGCAGAAUAGGGAUUCAUCCCCACCGCGUUCUUUCUUCUAUCGGGUCUUGCGAGCAGCCUUCCCGCUCCACCUCCUCUUCCUCCUGCUGCUGGUUUUCACUUGCCUGGUGCCACUGUCCGAAGAAGACUACAGCUGUACUCUGUCUAACAACUUUGCCAGAUCGUUCUAUCCUAUGCUGCGCUACACUAAUGGACCUCCUCCAACUUAAUACAAUUAUACACACACACACACACACACACACACACACACACACACACACACAAAUAAUAACUGAUUGGUG